AUCGAACCCGGAGCAGGGCUUCGGCUCCGGGCGGUGGGGAAUACGCGAGAAGACUAAUCCCCGGAGGGAGUUCUCUCUGUGGGUCCGCUCCCGGCCAGUGGGAGAGGUAUCCAGAGGUGGCGGGAGCCGGAGCUGGGAGGCGAGAAGGCGCACCUCUCAGCGGCCAGACGCACGGAUCGCGGGAGGGGACCCGGGCGAGCCAGGGAUCGCCGCUCUCGGAGCGACAGAAGUGCCCAAGUCGCGGUCUGCGUCCUUGCGCGGGAGUCCUGGGGCGAUGAGAGUGCGCGUCAAGUCCCAGAAAUCCUGGAUCGAAGGAGUGUUUGAAAAGAGAGAAUGUAACAAAGUCAUACCCAGUUCAAAAGACCCUCACAGAUGUACUCCAGGCUGCCAAGUUUGCCAGAAUUUAAUCAGGUGUUGCUGUGGCCGAUUGAUCCAAGACCAUCAUGGGAUAGAUUAUGCCUGGACUUUCUCGGCUGUCAAGAGUAAUGAAAGUGAACAGUGGUCUGUUGAAAAGCAUACAAUGAAAAGCCCUACAGAUACCUUUGGCACUAUUAAUUUCCAAGAUGGAGAGCAUACCUACCACUCCAAGUAUAUUAGAACUUCUUAUGAUACCAAAUCGGAUCAUCUAUUAAAUUUAAUGUUGAAAGAGUGGAAGAUGGAAUUGCCCAAGCUUGUCAUCUCUGUCCAUGGGGGUCUCCAGAACUUUAAGAUGUCCUCUAAGCUUAAAGACAUCGUCAGCCAGGGUUUGGUCAAAGCUGCAGAGACAACAGGAGCAUGGAUAAUAACGGAAGGCAUCAACAUGGGUGUGUCCAAACAUGUUGGAGAUGCCCUAAAAGCCCAUUCCUCUAAGUCCUUGAGGAAAAUCUGGACAGUUGGAAUCCCUCCUUGGGGUGUCAUUGAGAACCAGAGAGAUCUCAUUGGAAAAGAUGUGGUGUGCAUGUACCAGACUCUGGGUAACCCCCUCAGCAAGCUCACCACACUCAACUGCAUGCACUCGCAUUUCAUCCUGUCUGAUGAUGGGACUGUAGGCAAGUAUGGAAAUGAAAUGAAGCUCAGGAGGAACCUGGAGAAGCACCUCUCUCUGCAGAAGAUACACAGCCGCUCAAGACAAGGCACACCUGUGGUGCGGCUGGUGGUGGAAGGAGGUCCGAACGUCAUCCUCAUGGUAUGGGAGACUGUCAGGGACAAAGAUCCAGUGGUGGUGUGUGAAGGUACAGGUAGAGCUGCCGACCUCCUGGCCUUUACCCACAAGCACUUAGCCGAUGAAGGGAUGCUGCGUCCUCAGGUGAAAGAGGAAAUCAUCUGCAUGAUUCAGAACACUUUCAACUUUAGUCUUAAACAGUCCAAGCACCUUUUUCACAUUUUAAUGGAGUGUAUGAUGCACAGGGAUUUUAUUACCAUAUUUGAUGCUGAUUCUGAAGAACAGCAAGACCUUGAUUUAGCAAUCCUAACAGCUUUGUUCAAGGGCACCAAUUUAUCAACAUUAGAACAAUUAAAUCUAGCAAUGACUUGGGACAGAAUGGACAUUGCUAAGAAACAUAUCCUAAUUUAUGGACAACAUUGGAAGCCUGGCACACUAGAACAAGCGAUGUUAGAUGCCUUAGUGAUGGAUCGGGUGGAUUUUGUGAAGCUUUUGAUAGAAAAUGGAGUGAACCUCCAUCGCUUUCUUACAAUCCCCCGACUGGAAGAGCUCUACAAUACGAAACAAGGACCAACUAAUAUGCUGUUGCAUCAUCUUGUCCAAGAUGUGAAACAGCACACCCUUCUUUCAGGCUACAGAAUAACUCUGAUUGACAUUGGAUUGGUGAUAGAAUACCUCAUUGGUGGAGCAUAUCGCAGCAGCUAUACUAGAAAAAGUUUCAGAGCCCUCUACAACAACCUCUACAGGAAACACAAGAGAACCACCAGUUUUGCUCAAAGCUUCUCCCAGCACCCUCUUCACCGAAGACGUUCCUUGGCAAAUAGAAGCGAGUCUGCAGAAAACACCUUGCAUUCGCAGUUCUUCAGAACUGCCCAGCCUUAUAAAUUCAAGGAAAAGUCUGGAGUCCCUCAUAAAUCAAGGAAGAAGUCAAAAGAAAGACAAAACCUAUCAGAUGACCCUGAGUCUACUGGCUUUACUUAUCCCUACAAUGACCUGCUGGUUUGGGCUGUGCUCAUGAAAAGGCAGAAGAUGGCCAUGUUUUUCUGGCAGCACGGAGAGGAAGCCACAGUUAAGGCAGUGAUUGCUUGUAUACUCUACCGAGCAAUGGCCCAUGAAGCUAAGGAGAGCAACAUGGUGGACGAUGCCUCAGAAGAGUUGAAAAAUUACUCAAAGCAGUUUGGCCAACUGGCCCUGGAUGUGCUGGAGAAGGCCUUCAAGCAGAACGAGCGAAUGGCCAUGAAGCUGCUGACCUAUGAACUCAAGAACUGGAGCAAUUCUACCUGCCUGAAACUGGCCGUGUCUGGAGGGCUGUGUCCCUUUGUUUCACAUUCCUGUACCCAAAUGCUGCUGACAGACAUGUGGAUGGGGCGCCUGAAAAUGAGGAAAAACUCUUGGCUGAAGAUCAUCAUAAGCAUUCUUUUACCACCCACCAUUUUGACGCUGGAAUUUAAAAGCAAAGCUGAGAUGUCGCAUGUUCCCCAGUCCCAGGACUUCCAGUUUACGUGGUAUUAUGGUGAACAGAACCCCAUCAGUAGCAAAGAAAGUGCUUGUAUGAAAGACUGUGAUUUGGAGAGGGGCCCUGAUGAGAAAGUGGAUGAAAAUCAGCACUUCGAUUUAACAAAUGGGCCCAGAAGCCUUCCUUGGACUAGGAAAGUCUAUGAGUUCUACAGCGCUCCCAUUGUGAAAUUUUGGUUUUACACGAUGGCAUAUCUGGCAUUCCUCAUGCUGUUCACUUACACUGUGUUGGUGGAGAUGCAGCCCCAACCCAGCGUGCAAGAGUGGCUUGUUAUCAUUUACAUCUUCACCAAUGCUAUUGAGAAAGUCAGGGAGAUCUGUAUUUCAGAACCUGGGAAGAUUACUCAAAAGGUGAAGGUAUGGAUUAAUGAGUACUGGAACUUAAUGGAAACUGUGGCCAUUGGCCUGUUUUCAGUUGGCUUUGGCCUUCGGUGGGGUAGCCCUCCUUUUCACACAGCGGGAAGACUAAUCUACUGCAUAGACAUCAUAUUCUGGUUCUCACGGCUCAUGGACUUCUUUGCUGUGAAUCAACAUGCAGGUCCAUAUGUGACCAUGAUUGCAAAAAUGGCAGCAAACAUGUUUUACAUUGUCAUCAUGAUGGCCAUCGUCUUGCUGAGCUUUGGAGUGGCGCGCAAAGCCAUCCUUUCACCAAAGGAGCCUCCGUCUUGGAGCCUUGCACGGGACGUUGUAUUUGAGCCAUACUGGAUGAUGUACGGAGAAGUCUACGCUUCAGAGAUAGAUGUUUGUUCAAGUCAGCCAUCCUGCCCUCCCGGUGCUUUUCUUACUCCGUUCCUGCAAGCUGUCUACCUCUUCGUGCAAUACAUCAUCAUGGUGAACCUGUUGAUUGCCUUCUUCAACAAUGUAUACGUAGAUAUGAAAUCCAUCUCAAAUAAGCUGUGGAAAUACAAUCGCUAUCGCUACAUCAUGACCUACCACGAGAAGCCCUGGCUGCCCCCUCCGUUCAUCCUGCUCAGCCACCUGGGCCUCCUCCUCCGCGGUCUGUGCUGUCAUCGAGCUCCACAUGACCAAGACGAGGGUGAUGUUGGAUUAAAACUCUACCUGAGUAAGGAGGAUCUGAAAAAACUUCAUGAUUUUGAAGAGCAGUGUGUGGAGAAAUAUUUCCAUGAGAAGAUGGAAGGACUGAACUGUAGCUUUGAGGAACGAAUCCGAGUGACAUCAGAAAGGGUUACAGAGAUGUACUUCCAACUGAAAGAAAUGAAUGAAAAGGUGUCUUUUAUAAAGGACUCCUUACUGUCUUUGGACAGCCAGGUGGGACACCUGCAGGACCUCUCUGCCCUGACUGUGGAUACUCUAAAGGUCCUUUCUGCCGUUGACACUUUGCAAGAGGAUGAGGCUCUCUUGACCAGCAGAAAGCAUGCCACUCGCAGAAAACUUCCCCACAGCUGGAACAAUGUCAUCUGUGCAGAGGUUUUGGGCAGCAUGGAGAUCUCUGGAGAGAAGAAGUACCAGUAUUAUAGCAUGCCCCCUUCCUUGCUGCGGAGCCUAGCUAGAAGUCAGCAACCCCCAAGAGGGCAGAGGGGGACCCUUUUUGAAAUUACAAACAGUCAGAGAGAGACCUCCAAUGUAAGGGAUGACCAGCAAGAGCAAGAAACAGAAAAAAGUAGAGCUGCUUCUGGGGUAUCCCCUAAUAGGCAAGCAUACUCCAAGUAUGGCCAAUUUCUCCUGGUCCCUUCUUAUCUAAAGCAACUUCCUUUUUCUGCAGAAGCUGUCUUGCCUCUGUCCAAACCAGCUGUGGAAACAGAUGCAGAUAUGCUGGCAACCGAACAGGUCCCUCAGAAUGAGGUCCCUGUUCAUCUGACUUGGCAGACCCCAGUUGUCUCAAACCAGGCAGCAGAGGCUGAACCCCAAGGACAGUUUGAGCCAGUUGCUCAGAUACCAGCCAGAGAAGACAAGGCCCAGCAAGUUCCAGCCACUCUGAGUUGCACAUCUGUACCCAUGGCAAUGGCCUCUCUCCCUUCCCAAGCCAAGAGCAUGCAAACGGGAGGUGGAUAUGUGAAUUGGGCAUUUUCAGAAGGUGAUGAAACGGGUGUGUUUAGCCUCAGGAAAAAAUGGCAAACCUACUUGCCUCCUGCUUGUACUAGUGACUCUGCUCAGAGUGAACAGCAUAGGAUCCAGAUUCGAGGCAGAUCCCUGUCUGAAAAUUCAACAAGAUGGGCCCAGAGCUCUGACUGCUCAGAGGUGGUGGGAUCAUGGUUGCAACCAAACACAUCCUUUUGGAUCAAUCCACUCCGCAGAGAUAGACCCUUCAGGAGUCAUAGUUUUAGAUUCCAUAAGGAGGAGAAACUGAUGAAGAUCUAUAAGAUUAAAAGUCAUUCACGAGCCUCAGAGAUAGGGUCAGCAUGGGCCAAAGCAAAGAUGUUAACCAAGGACAGGAGAUUGUCAAAGAAAAAGAAGAAAACUCAAGGACUGCAGGUGCCAGUCAUAACAGUCAAUGCCUGCUGUCAAAGUGAUCAAAUGGAUUCAGAACCAGGAGAAAAUAACAUCUCAGAAGAGGGGUGCAGCAAGAACUGGCUCACAGUGUCCAAGUUUAGCCAGAUAAGUCUAGAACCUUAUAUAUAUCAGAAAAUGAAAACUAAAGGAAUUGAGCAACGUGCUGUACAAGUCAGUGAUUACCUAAAGCAGUCUCAAGAGGAUCUGAACAAAAAUUCUUUGUGGACUUCCAGGAGCAUCAGCCUCACUCGGAGGCCCUUGUUGAGAAGUUCAAAUGGAACUGACAAGAUCUCAACCUCCUUAAAAAGCCCUCAAGAGCCUCACCAUCAUUAUUCAGCCAUUGAAAGGAAUAAUUUAAUGAGGCUGUCUCAGACCAUACCGUUUACACCCAUCCAACUGUUUGCGGGAGAAGAAGUCACCAUCUACAGGCUGGAGGAGAGCUCCCCUCUGAACCUUGAUAAGAGCAUGUCCUCUUGGUCCCAGCAUGGGAGAGCUGCCAUGAUCCAGGUGUUGUCCCAGGAGGAGCUGGACGGGGGUCUCCGCAAGGCCAUGCGAGUCAUCAGCACAUGGUCAGAGGAUGACGUUCUCAAACCGGGGCACGUUUUUGUUGUGAAGUCUUUUCUCCCUGAGGUGGUGCAGACGUGGCAUAAGAUCUUCCAGGAGAGUACAGUGCUUCAUCUUUGCCUCAGGGAAAUUCAACAACAAAGAGCUGCUCAGAAACUAAUCUAUACCUUCAACCAAGUGAAACCACAAACCAUUCCCUACACACCAAGGUUCCUAGAAGUUUUCUUAAUCUACUGCCACUCAGCCAACCAAUGGUUGACCAUCGAGAAGUACAUGACAGGGGAGUUCCGGAAGUACAACAACAACAAUGGAGAUGAAAUCGCCCCCAGCAACACCCUGGAGGAGCUCAUGUUGGCCUUCUCUCACUGGACGUAUGAGUAUACUCGGGGAGAGCUGCUGGUUUUAGAUCUGCAAGGUGUUGGAGAAAAUUUGACAGAUCCAUCUGUUAUAAAACCUGAAGACAAACAAUCAAGAGGAAUGGUGUUUGGACCAGCCAAUUUAGGGGAAGAUGCAAUUAGAAGCUUCAUUGCAAAACAUCGUUGCAACUCCUGUUGCCGGAAGCUCAAACUCCCGGAUUUGAAAAGAAACGACUAUUCCCCUGGAACAAUAAAUUCCAACUUUGGAUUUGAAAGGAAAAUAGAACCAGCUGAGGGGACUCCAGCAAGAGAAAGGAAUAGAAAUUCCCCAGAAGAUCAUACACGACUCUAAAAGGGAGAGAAGCGAGAAGAUGAUGGCCCUCAACCUUGCUGCCAUGAACUCUUUGGUGACAAAGAUUCAUGAUGCAACACUGAUUACAUCAGAACCUUGGUCAGGAUGGCUUCACACUGUGGGCCUCCCUGGGACUUGCCUGCCCCUGCACCAAGGCCUCACUGGUAUAUGAUGAAUGGAUUCUCCAGGAAGUUGACCCGUCCCGAUCGAUGUUUUGCAUUCUCCAUCCUCAGGUUCCACAUGAAGACACUUGGACAAGUUAGCUGGAAAUACUGUUUCUUGAUACCUCACAGCUUUAGCUGCUCACUAGGAACCCUUGGAGCAGAGUAUGGUGCACUAAAGAACCAGGGGGAUGAAUUUAAUUUAUUUUCACUAUGUGUGCAGACUCUGCCCCCCACUGCUAUUCAUCUCCUCACCCACAGAUUGUUCUUGUGUGUGUGUGUGUGUGUGUGUGUGUGUGUGUGUUUGUGUAUAUAUAUAUGCAUUAAGACAUCUAUAAUUAUUUGACUUCCUCCUCUAUCCUAUUCAGCAGCACAGCGCUUUGACUAGUAACAACAGGGAAACAAUGGAAUAAGGGAGUAUUUGCACAGAUCAGAACACACUUCUGCACCAACUAACCAGUAAAAAGUUAGUAUCCUGGUGAAAUCUAGUUGCAAUUGAGGAUUGACAGUAAUAUAUGUGAUGUCUGGGCAUUUUGGGUUCCUCCAAAAUGAAAAGAAAGAAGGGAAAUCUAAAACAAAUGCCUGUCUUUUUUUUUUUUUUCAAGGAUAUAUAAAACUGGAAAUUAUUAAAAAAGGGUUCCCCUUCCCUUGAACUCCGGGGUGCUGUCAGUCAUAGAGUUGAUUAGGUCAACCUCUUUUAUGCCACUUCCUUUUCCAGAGCUCUCUGUGUAAUAUUACAGGCUGAACCACUACUCUGCAUUGGAUCUUAUGAGGAAAUACCUGCUUUCAGACUGAAAACCUGUUUUGCAGGUAUUUGCUUCCUUCCAGUAUGCAGUUCUGAUGGCUUUAAUCUGGCUUGAAAACACAUCAUCAGUUUCUGAUACCCGAAGUGAAGGAUCUCUGGAAGGUGCUCUGUAUGGCAUUCUGGAGGGCUCAGUUGUGCCUCUUGCACACUAGGUGGGGUUGCCCUACCUUAAAACAAGUAUGAGCUUGGCACACAAGCAGAUGAAGGGUUGGGAAUCCUUUCCCCUCUCCCCCUGCCUUUCCUUUCUUAUUAUAACAUGUUCCAAUCUGCCAGCAGCAAACCUCCUGGGUUUGAAAAUUUUCAGCUUAUCUUUAGUUUUUACAUUAGAUAUCUUGCUUCUGAGCCCGCUUUUCAAAUAUAUACUCCUUCAUUCUUAGGUUAUACUUCAGGGAGACUAUUGCACAGUGGGUAGAAAAUCAAGGGUUUUGUUUGCAGUGAUUUUGUCUGAUUUUUUUUUAAACUUUGAGUUGCUACAAGGGUUCAUCUAUAUUCCUUUUACUUGGGUCUGGAAUGGUGGAAGGUGGGAAAUUUGGGUGAUUUCUUGAUUGGCAAUGAGGGAAGAUAAAAUGUUAAUACUUCUAUCCUAUUUUAUGAAUCCAUAAAAUUGGUACUUACUUCAGUGCUGUAUUAUUCAACUGUAGAAAAAGGCAGUUUGCCUGUCCAAGGGUCAAAUCACAGGCAUCAGUUUAUUGACCAACUACUUAUUACCUAGGAUGGAACCUGAAGGCAAAUACAUUCUGAUUUCAAAUUUC